AGACACGCUGUCACGCUCCUCUCAGUCGACUUUGUAGCGGAGCGCGGGAUGUGGUCUUCGUUCCGCUGCCGGCAUGAGCGUUGUGCGCAAGCGCAAUAGCGUUCCCGCUAAGCGGUUGUGUGGCACUUGCUAGCACAUGCUGGUCUGAGCGGAGCUGACAGCAAGCGCUCAGUUAAAACACUCUAGUGACGUCGGUAUCGUGGUUCGGCGUGGGGCCUAGUCGCUACGAAGCACGAAGACAGGUAAAUGUGAAAUGGGGAAGGAAGAUCGGCGUCUGUGAACGGGGAAUACGUAGGAAACUUUGUGUCUAACGAGAUCACGAGAUGCCGAAUUCGGGCCUUCACAUGGCCUGUGUACAGCUCUGUGAUGUCUUAAGCAUCUAACUCCACAGCAAAGCAGUACCGACAUGUUCUUUCGGUUCCCCAAAGACAACAGGUGAUUUACAGUAACGCUGUUCGGCUGACGCAGCGUGUACCUUUGAACAUCGGCGCUAAGGCCCAAACACCGAUGCCGCCCUUGCUCAGGUACUGGCCCACGGCCACCUCCAAGUAGAACAUGGGAACCGCCGUCGUGAGGAGGCAGAUGAAGUACGGCACGAGGAAUGCGCCUGCGCAAGAACAGACAGCAACCCGCUCAGAAUUCGCCGGUGCGUCCUAGGCCCGCCAUGCUAGGCGAGCGCUGGCUGACCGCGUGGGUGCUCUUGGCCGCCGCGCUUUGGCCCCGGUACGCGGCGAUCCCGGAGGAAGGCGACUCUGGUCCCAUCCAGGAGGGCCCGACAUUCGAAGAGCUCGAGGACCUCCGAAGCCGCUACAGCGCCGUCCAGAUAUCCAGGGACUCCGAGCAUAUCAAGAGAGACCUGUCGCGUGUCUUGGCCUUGGCACAGCAGGGUGAUCUGGACACCGAGGAAACAACGUUUUACUUUAUGAGGAUGCACGACUACGACGACAACAACCAACUUGACGGCCUGGAGCUCCUGCAGGCGUUCGACCACCUUCUUGAGCACAACAACGAAACGUCAACCGAGACGAAGUUGGUCGCGAUGGUGGACAACCUGCUGACCGUCGACGUCAACGACGACGGUCUUGUGUCCUUUCCCGAGUGGCUGUCGUACAUCCGGAACGUCAAGUCCACGGAAAACAACGAAAACGGCGGUGGUGUCGCAAGCCACGAGGCGGCGAAGCACUCUCAUACGGAUCAGUGACCCGAGGACAAAAAAGAAGACCUGCCGCAUCUCGUCCGCUUUUGUUAAAAAUGCGCCGGCAGCAUGGAAGCUAAACAAAACACUGCGAAGUCAUGCUCGUGAAAGUGCCCGGACAGUGACGUCAGAUCCCCUUGCGUCGUUGUUUGAAAAGUUGUUAUGCCAAGGUUAAACCGCAUCCGCUGUGUACUCUGAAACUUUCGAGGGACCGUAUCGGUGCCUUCGCCUUCUUUUGGUUGCGUCGAACCUUCAGUUAGUCAAUUCUGCAGUGUAAAAUACUUGUACAGCAGGCGGAGGCCGCGUGUGACCACGACCACUUCUCUCUUUCCUCCACGCAGAGCAGGCGGAGUUGGUUGUUUCUGUUCGUAAGGGCCACAAGAGAAUGACGUGUGGCUGCGUUUUUCAUUCUGA